GAUGAAAUAGCACCACCAGAAGGAACCACUUACUUCGUACCGAUGAUGAGAGGAGAUGAAGCAACGGAACGGGGACUGAGUAUGUCCUCCGCCGCGCUCGAUGUUGGUGUCAACAACUUUGCCCUCUCUGCUGAGGCCGCUCGUCUUGAUGUCCAAGGAGAUGAAGUUGGUAUCUCCUACGGACGUCCAGCAGGCUCGAAGAAAGUGCUACAAGUAUGGGACCGUAAGAAAAAGCGUUUCGUCAACCCGGAAGUGGCUGCUGGGAAAGCCAAUGUGGCGCGCAUCAAGACAGAGAGUGGUGCCACCAUCCCUGCCUCCUACAAGACCGACAGAUACAAAAUGUGGCUGAAGAAGAGCAAGGUGGAUAUGGAGAGUAUGGGUAAUCAGGCAGAAGUGGAUGGGAGCGGUGAGACUGCAAACGCGUCAAAAACGACGAAGGCAGAAUCGAAAAAGCCAAAGGAUAAGUUCAUUAGCCUCUUUAACGCCCGCUAUGGGAGCGUGGUGGAGUUUAUGGAUUUGGAAGAUGACGGGAAUAUGAAUGGUACGUUCUUUAACCGACGCUCCGGCACGCAAUGGUCGAAGAAGAACAAGAGGGCCAAUCAUGAUAACGAGACCAAUAACACUACUACCAAAAAUGGUAAUAGAAGUGGGUUCAAGGUUGUGGGCACUAUGUCUCGGUUCCAUCGGACUCUGCAAAAUGCCACUAAGAGGAAGACUUUGGAGGAGACCAAAGAAAUAAAGCAAGCUAAGGGGAGUCGGACCUUUGGCCAGAUGCGAAAACCUGAACAGAUUCUUAAGCUACGACGUCGAAAGGAGAAACAAAAUCAAUUCAGACUGAGAAAUAAAGCAAAGAGGAGUGGUCGUGGCGGUGGUAGGAAGGAAAAGCAAAAACGUAAACGCUAG